UUGACGGCCGGCAAACGUUGAAGACGCCCGUGCAAUCGGCUUUAGGAAUCAAAGGCAGAAUCUCGAGAGCCAACGGGCAAAAUCGAGAUUAGUUGUCGAUUAAACACGUCGUCUGGCAUACCCCAAAACUGAAUCAGAAGGACCGAGAACAAAAUGGCCUCUCUGGGCGCGUGGGAUUACACCAUACUGGCCGUAGUGCUCAUCAUCUCUAUACUGAUAGGCAUCUAUUAUCGCUUCGCGGGCAGCAAACAAAGUACGACCCGAGAAUAUUUAUUGGCCGGCCGUUCUAUGAGUGUAACUCCUGUGGCUUUCAGUUUAAUGGCCAGCUUUAUGUCUGCCGUCACUAUUCUGGGCGUCUCCAUGGAGAACUAUCAGUAUGGCACCAUGUUUGUGAUCAUUAAUAUAUCUUAUAUUGUGGGCACACCAAUUGCCGCCUAUCUUAUAUUGCCGGUCUUUUAUCGCCUAAAGACAGCCAGUGUUUAUGAAUAUUUGGAGUUACGUUUCGGCUAUGUGGCGCGCCUUGCAGCAUCGAUAGCCUUUACACUACAAAUGACACUCUAUAUGGGAAUUGUGGUGUAUGCGCCCGCCUUAGCGCUGGAGGCAGUAACGGGACUCAAUCAGAUCUUCUCCAUUAUCAUAGUCGGCGUGGUCUGUACCUUCUACUCUACGUUGGGUGGCAUGAAAGCAGUUCUGGUAACGGAUAUAUAUCAAUCGGUGCUCAUGUUUGUAGCCGUCUUCAGUGUAAUCAUCUGUGCGGCCAUCAAGGCUCAUGGCUUGGACACCAUUUGGGAAACUGCGCAAGCACACGGUCGCAUCAAUUUCAGUGAUUUUCGUGUGGAUCCAACGGUUAGACAUACUUGGUUUACCCAAAUUAUUGGAGGUCUUGCCACCUACUUGUCUAUCUAUGGCGUGAACCAGACGCAGGUCCAACGUUUGCUCUCCGUUAGAAGUCUACGCGAGGCACAGGUCGCCCUUUGGUGGUGUCUGCCCAUCCUGUGUCUGCUCAGUAUAAGCACUUGCUUGUCCGGUCUGUGCAUUUAUUGGUAUUAUCGCGAUUGCGAUCCCGUGCUAGGGGGUCGCGUGUCCUCGCGGGACCAGGUGAUGCCGCUGUUUGUCGUCGAUACAAUGGGCGAAUAUGCGGGCUUGUCGGGACUCUUUGUAUCGGGCAUUUUCUGCGCCAGCCUCUCGACAAUUUCUUCAGCCAUCAGCUCUCUGGCCGCCGUCACCCUGGAGGACUAUCUGAAACCGUUGGUGGGCUGCGCCGCUGGUCGCCAACUUAGUGAUCGCCAGACGCUGUGGUACUCCAAGCUGUUGUCCAUUUUCUAUGGCGCAAUUUGCGUUGGCCUAGCCUUCCUGGCUGGCUCCAUUGGCGGUCUGUUGCAAGCAGCGCUCUCCAUCUUCGGCAUUGUUGGCGGCCCGCUUUUGGGACUCUUUACGCUGGGCAUGUACGUGACGUCGGCAAACGAAAAGGGCGCUGUUGCUGGCAUGCUGGUAUCGCUGGUGUUUUCCUUUUGGAUUGGCUUCGGACAGCCCAAGCCGCCCAUACCCAGUUUGGACAUGUCUACAUCUGGUUGUCCCGUCGAUCGCAGCUACCUCAUAGACAUCUUACGGAGGACUAGCGACAACAAUUCAAAAGCAGAACCCGAAUCCGAACAAUACUUUUAUUUAUAUCGCAUUAGCUAUAUGUGGUACGCAGUUCUGGGCUUCCUCAUCUCCUUUCUGUGCGGCUGGCUCUUCUCGUACUGCUGUACGUGGCUCAAGUGGGAUGACAACAGACGCAUCUACCACGAUGCCCAAUGUACGCUUAUCAAGCACGAUCUCUUUGUGCCGCCCAUUGCGAAUCGCCUACGACGACGUCAAAUGCCACAACUGGUGGUCACCAGCACCAGCUCCGAGAACGGUGGCAUUGAUGUAUCAGUAAUAGAACAGGAACAGGAACCAGACCAACAACGCACCAAGUCCCACAAUGAUGUAACGUAGUUAUCCAGCCUUCAAACUGAUUUAUAUAAAUAGGCCGCAUUAUAAUCAGUUUUUACUUAAUAAAUGUGCAUAUAAUAGUUUCUACAGGCAAGAUCGAAACCAAAAA